ACAUCCAGCGACAGUCCACCUCGCGCUGCCGUCUGUGGCGUUUGUGUCGUCGCCGCGCGGACGUUUCGAAACCUCGCAACGAACACUGGUGCAUAACAUUGCAACUUUACUGUAUAUUUUUGGACAGUGAUACCGUAUAUAAGCCACACCGCGAUAUUUAAGCGUCCCGGACGGCGCUUACUCGAAGUGUGUGAUCAUCUGUGAAAAAACAUAUACACGGCAAUCCGGAUUUACGAGGAACGGCGGCGCCGGCGCGGCGCCCAACUCAGCACGCUCGCUGAUGACACAAUAAAUUGUGAUGCUGACACGCACAGGCCCUUACAGAAAUUUGCGUCCCAGAGGGCGACGGAGGACGUCGGAGGACCUUUUUAACCCAGCAAGUGCCUAAAUACCACAACUAUGUUGAAUAACAGACGUAAUUUUAUCUUUAGAGUGAGUAUUGUGAUCAACAUCGCGGUGCUGCUGUACGCGGCGUUGCAUCUGUCGAGCACGACGUCACCGUCGGUGGAAUGGAUGCCGUUGACGGUGGACGGGUCGGAAAGAAGCGCCGAGUUCCGGUACAUCAACCAGGAUGAGGUCCGGAACAACACGGACCGAGCGGAGUCCAGCGUGCGGAAUUUCGAGGAGUCCACGUCGCAGAAGACGCCUUCGACGAUGGCGACGACGAACAAGACUCAGUCGAGCACAGCGUCUAUUCCGGAGUUAGAGAAGAAGGUGAACGCCACGAUGCCGGAGAGCGACACGAACGGGACUCUAGAGAUAGAGGACGAGGAUGCUCUGAACCCUGCGACGUUGGCCUACCUCAGGAGUCUCCUAGCGUGCAACGACCGGGAUAUGCUGCCCGUGACCACGCAGCGGGGAGAGUUUUGGGUGCUCAAGAACUAUGUGCGCGCGGACCACGGGUUUAUACAGUGCCAUGAAUCUAUUACUUAUACCACGCACGCCGGUUUUGAGUUCCUUGACAACGUCCAGCCCCUCGUCGAAAGAUGGAUGGCUCCCGUCAGUCUGGCCAUCCAUGCCCCAGGCUCCGACCUGGCGCCGACGGUGAACAGCAUCAGGUAUCUGCGAGACUGCCUCAACAACGACCUGGUGAAGCAGUUUGUCACCUUCCACGUGUUCUUCUCGCACAAGCACAUCCCUAGCACGAUACCAGACCCUGAGAAGUUCCUGCAGCAACCAUACAACUGCUCCCUGCCUCCUCCUCACAUCGUCAAUGCCAACUCCACCUACAUGAAGGCCAAGAGUCUCCUCUACCCGGUCAACGUCGCGAGGAACAUAGCCCGAGACUCCGCCGUCACCCACUUCAUCCUCCCGUCAGAUAUAGAACUGUAUCCUAGUCCAAAUCUAGUUCCGAGGUUCCUGAAUAUGAUAGCCAGGAACGCGAAGCCACUAAGUACUUCCACUAAGCCAAGAGUCUUUCCGAUAAGCAUAUUCGAAGUCGAUGCUAAAGUGCAGGUACCAUCGACGAAGACCGAGCUCCGGUCGAUGUUAGCCAACAAAACCGCCAUACCAUUCCACAAGUUCGUCUGCCCCAACUGCCACAACAUACCACAGGGCCAGCAAUGGAUGAACGCAGCUGAAACCAAUCAAAUGGACGUUUUCCACGUGGGCAAGCGUCGUGGGAAGUUCGUGCAUUGGGAGCCGAUCUUCAUCGGGACACAUCAAGACCCCUACUACGACGAGCGACUCAGCUGGGAGGGCAAGAAGGACAAAAUGACACAGGGCUACAUCCUGUGUGUCAAGGACUACGACUUCAUGAUCCUGAACAACGCCUUCCUCAUCCACAAGCCUGGCAUCAAGCACUUCGUUAAGAACGCGAAGAGAGACGCCAUCGCGGGCAAGCAGUCUUUGUUCGUCAAAAACGUCAUCAUGCCCCAACUUAAGACACUGUUCGGUACAAGGAAUGGUUGCGCACUGUGAUCUAAAAUUUUAUUUAGCAUAGCUUGAAGUAGACAAGCGUGCUAUCUCUGUCGCACUCGUGAUGGAGAUAGCAGAAGUGCCGGCAGCACGUAGCUUGAUGCUGCCGGCCGCUUAGGAAAGCCGAUUUCUAUUUCGUUGAUGGAAUUAGGACAGAAUUUUGGCGGCGUAAUCAGGGUGCAACGAACCGCCUUCCUUUUGUAUGUAUUUACAAGUGUCUAAACAAAACAUAUCAUAUCGAUUACUAUUUAAUUUAUUAAUUAAUGUAGACAAUAUCAGCGAAUCGAAUCCGUGUCAGACUCCAACGUUCGAGUGCCUAAAAUGUACAGGAGAUUUUCUAUAUUAUUAAAGACUAAAACUGAACAAAAUUUUGUACUUGCUGACCUUUAGGACCUGAUUACACUUACCGAGUAGAGUAGACAGUGCCCUCGGCCGAGCAUGUCUAUAAUAAACUCGGCCUAGAGAACUGUCUCCCCACUCUACUCGGUGGGUGUAAUCAGCACAUUAUAGCGUGAGAUCAAAUCUUACUCGUCCUCAAAUUAGGAGGUAGAAAUCUAAUCGUGAACCAUAAGACUACUAGAGUGAAUAGCUCUUGGUGCGAAUGAGACGAAACGGCCAAAGUGCUAUCAUUCUUUCUAGGAAUAUCUUUUCUUCUAUUCCACUCCUAGCGUUUUCUUUUUGUUUAUAACAUUAAUUCUAUUAGACGCCUUAUUGUUAAAUAUUUUAUUUUCUAGACCUUAGUUUGUGUUAAGUUUUGAUGUUGUAAAUAUUUUACUCUUGUCACAAUGAGUAAAGGAUAUACUUGACUCGAGCAUUUAAGUAUUUCUUUACGAAAGAAUCUGAUUUACUCCGCUAGAUGUACGAGCUUUUAUUUAAGUUUUAUCAGAAUUUAAGUUCCUACCUUCAAAUUACUUACAGUCUCUUUAUGCUUAUACAAUUGUACUGGUUCAAACCAAAAUAUACUAACUACCCAAAUGUCGUCUAUGUAGUUAUGUGCAUAUUUUAUUAUAUGACUCCGUCCGGAAUUUUUGGAAAAAAUCUUUUGUAACACUGAUGUUCGUUGAUUUUAUUAACAGACUACCAAAAAGAGAAGUUUAUUAUUUUUAAUUUCCUCGAGAUUUGUACGUGGAAUAUUUUAUUGGCUCUAAAAAUUAUACUUUACCGGAUUAAAAUGUAUGAAAAACAAUAGCUUGCACAUAACUACAUUGACGACAUUUUUAUAUAGGAAGGUAUGCUAUUCCUGAUAAACAUAUUUUAUCCAACUACUUAAUCAUUUAUUUAUAUUGCCUAAUUAUAGCUUAGGAAAGAAUGUAAAUUUUUAAAAUUUAUUACUCGAAAUCGCUUAUUUUAGUAUUGACUAAUGUAUGUUAAACUAAGUGAUACAUGAUAGUGUUAAACUCACCACGUCCGCUUAUUUUUAAUUAUUAGUUAAUUUUAAUUUUUAGUUUGUUAUAUUAUACUGUAGUCUGUAUGUUAUGGAAUGUUUACUAUGCUUUCCUUUUGCUGUUCAUAUUUUUCACUUAGUCUGGCUAAAUAAAUAUUAUUUUAAUAAAAACUACGAACAACAGAAAAAAUAAUAUUUAUAGGUUGUAUUGUGUCGCUCCGGACAAAUAUUUUAACAUUUUGACAUUCAUCAAAAUUUUAUACUUUAUACUGUAUUUAUAAUGAUUUUAUAGAUUUAGUUUUAAUGUUAAGCAAAGCUUAGUCAAUUGAUUAGUGUAAGUUUAAAUUAAGUGUUUAUUUCAAUAUUAGUUUAGUCCUUAUCUCGGGCGACAUCCUUCGCAGUAUUUAAUUUUGGUGUUUUUAUUUAAUUUUCAUUUUCAACAAAUUCACUAGUAGAACAACAUUUUUUUGACUAAGUCACUAGAAAAACAACAACAUUUUUUGAGUAAGUCACUAGAAGAACAACAACAUAUUUUUAUGACAAAACCACUGGAAGAACAAAAUGGAAUUAAACAAUUUUUCUAUAAGUUUAUAAUCCAAUAAGAUAUUACAAAAACUUAACGCUAAUAUCACCAACGCUUGUUAAAGUUAAUCAGUCAUUAAAUAUUAUGAUUAAUAAUUAAUCUAGUUUUUGGAAUUUUUCAAGCCUGGUGAAAUAGGCCUUAAGUCCGAUUGGCUUGAUUUUGUUUUUAAUCAGGGAUUUAGAUAUUUGAUCUAAAUCCCCGAUUAAGAAGAGGCGAGAAGUGUCUAGACUUGUGACUUUUGUCUAUUCUUUUACUGAUAAAAAUAUUAACGCAGCGAAGAACUAUGCAAGGUCUUCUUAUCUCUAUCAUAUAGAAAACGUCACACGACAGAAAGACCACAUAAUACAUAAUAUUUUAGUAAGAGUAGGUUUCUGUAUAUUUUACAAUACUUUUCUUAAGUGCCUUUUUCACCACUUCCUGGGUGCCGGAUAGGCUAUCCACGACUUAUUUGA